GUUUCAUCUCCGUUAAGCCCCACUUUCCAUUGCCCAACAUUUCUCUGAACUCCUAUUCUGCCCUCAAAUUCAGCUUCUGAAACUUCACUGGGCAUCACCCUAUUAACGAUUUCCAAAGUAAAUAGCCUAAAGUUUUAAGCUUUAUAAUUUGUAAGUGCAUCCUUUUCUUUCUUUUUUUUUCUUAUUUCUUCCUCAUAAAGGUAAAAAUUUUCCUUCAAAACGGUAGGAUUGUUUCUUCAAUCUUAUUUUGAUUAGAUAGAAGGUUAAGUUAAAAAUUUUUAUAUGGGGAAGUCUGGAGGAAGAAGGAAGAAGGGCGGUUCAAACACAAACCAAGUUUCAGGUGACAAUUCAAAUGCAAAUGCUAAUGGUGGUUUUGAUAUGGACUCUUCAAUCUUUUUGAAGAGGGCUCAUGACCUUAAAGAGGAAGGUAACAAGAGGUUUCAAAAUAAGGAUUAUGUGGGUGCUCUUGAACAAUAUGAUAAUGCUCUUAGGCUGACUCCGAAAAACCACCCUGACCGGGCUGUGUUCCAUAGCAAUAGGGCUGCUUGUUUAAUGCAAAUGAAACCUGUGGAUUAUGAAACUGUGAUUGCUGAGUGUACUAUGGCACUUCAGGUUCAGCCUAGGUUCGUUCGAGCUCUUCUUCGGAGGGCCAGGGCGUUGGAGGCCAUAGGGAGGUAUGAAAUGGCGAUGCAGGAUGUUCAGGUGUUGUUAGGGGCUGACCCUAAUCACCAGGAUGCUUUGGAGAUUGGUCGACGAUUGAGGACUGCAUUGGGACCUCGCCAGGAGGCUCAGCAGGAUCUCCAGAGCCGCCCAUCACCUGCUGCUCUUGGAGCUUCUGCUGUUCGUGGUGCUCCAAUCGCUGGCCUUGGGCCUUGUUUACCUGCUCGUCCUGUAGCAAAGAAGGCUGCAGCUUCACCAGGGUCAGUUGUAUCUCCUACUAAUAAGCUGGAGAAGCCUCAAAUGGAUUCGACUACAGAAAAUGGUACUGAGACCAAAGUCCAGUUGCCAAAGCUUGUGUUGAAGCCAUCAAAUGGUUCUUCAAAAGCUUCUGGCAAUCCAGGCAGGAAUAAUCAGACUGAGCAGUCUCUAUCUUCAUUGGUGCAAUUGCCUGCACGUGGACAAACUUUGGAGGUAGCAAUUAAGUGGAGGCCAUUGAAGCUCGUUUAUGAUCAUGAUAUAAGACUUGCCCAGAUGCCAGUGAAUUGCAGUUUCAAAGUGUUAAGGGAGAUUGUGAGCAAGCGUUUCCCUUCGUCAAAGUCAGUUUUGGUCAAGUAUAAGGAUAAUGAUGGAGACUUGGUAACUAUUACCUGUACAGGGGAACUGAGGCUGGCAGAGGCCUCUGCAGACAGUAUUAUGACAAAAGAACCAGAAACUGAUAUAUCCGAAUCAUUUGGUAUGUUGAGAUUGCAUAUUGUCGAGGUAAGUCCAGAACAAGAGCCACCAUUGCUGGAAGAAGAGGAGGAUAAACCUCUUGAGAGUGAGGGAACUAAGGGCGAAGAAAGUGGGUCUCAUUCGUCUCUUGGUGAGUCUGUUCUGGAAGCUGCUGAUACUGAGAUUGACAAGGCAGUGAUAGAAGCUCCCAAGGAGAAAUUAGGAGUUUCAGAAGAUCCUGAGAACAAGGAAGUGGAGAUGGACGAUUGGUUGUUUGAGUUUGCUCAACUAUUCCGUAUGCAUGUUGGUAUUGACCCUGAUGCUCAUAUUGACUUGCAUGAGCUUGGCAUGGAGCUCUGCUCAGAGGCUCUUGAGGAGACAGUUACCACUGAAGAAGCUCAAAACCUAUUUGACAAGGCUGCCUUAAAGUUCCAGGAGGUGGCUGCUUUGGCUUUCUUCAACUGGGGAAAUGUUCAUAUGUGUGCAGCAAGGAAACGAAUCCCCUUGGAUGAGUCUGCUGGAAAGGAUGUUGUAGCAGCACAACUUCAAAUGGCUUAUGACUGGGUGAAGGAAAAAUAUUCUUUGGCCAAAGAGAAGUAUGAGGAGGCGCUCUUGAUCAAACCUGACUUUUAUGAAGGUCUGCUGGCAUUGGGCCAACAGCAAUUUGAAAUGGCCAAACUUCAUUGGUCUUUUGCGCUUGCUAAGAAAAUAGAUCUUUCAGGGUGGAAUGCUGCUGAGACACUUCAACUUUUUGAUAGUGCAGAGGAGAAGAUGAACGCUGCAACCGAGAUGUGGGAGAAACUAGAGGAGCAGAGAGCUCUUGAGCUAAAAGAUCCUAAUGCAAUCAAGAAGGAUGAAUUGUCAAAGAGGAGGAAGAAACAAGGAAGGGGUCUGGAUGGGGAGCCCUCAGGAAGUGGUGAGCUUUCAGCCGAUGAAGCUGCAGAACAAGCAGCUGUUAUGAGAUCACAGAUACACCUUUUCUGGGGUAACAUGCUUUUUGAGCGCUCCCAAAUUGAAUGCAAAUUAGGGAUGGAUGGUUGGAAGAAAAAUCUUGAUGCGGCUGUUGAUCGUUUUAAACUCGCUGGAGCUUCAGAGACUGACAUUUCCAUGGUUCUGAAGAAUCAUUGCUCCAAUGGAGAUGCAUUAGAAGGAGAUGAAAAGAAUAAUCAGAAUGUAAAUUCUGGCGUUACUGAUGAAGCUGAUAACAAAAAUGUUGCCGAUCAAGUAUCACAGAAUUAAUGUGCAUGGCGACUGCAACAAAUAUUAACAUGCAUAUACAAAUCACAAUCAUGUACCUGGUAAAGAGAAAUUGCAUUCUACUCUCAUUUAAGGUUGGCUUGCCUUUAGGAGUUGAAAAUUUUUCGGUACCAGUAUUAAGAAGUAUAAUCAGAAGAUUUUGGCUUAGGGGUCUCCCAGUUAAAUAAUCAGAAGAUUUUGGAUUAGGGGUCUCCCAGUUAAUUUUCAGGGUGACUGGUUUACAAAAUUGUUUGCAAUACCGAUGAGUUUCUUAUAAACAGUUUUAUGUACUUUCAGGUUCUGAUUUUUGGCCUUGCUGCCCCAUAUUUGUUUUCAUGUGAUUUAUUAUUGUCAUGCUUGAUGUUUUAAAGGGUGUGGCAUAUUCAUUGUGAAGAGUGGAUGUUGCACUUUUGAAA